AUGAAGCUCUUCCUACCACACGGAGUGCAAGAGGCAUUACAAGCCGAUCUCUCUGCUUUUGGUGAACGUGUUCUCAGUCGUCAGACGCUUGGCUGGGUUCUUGAGGCUGAACGUAAUCUUCCCUACGUCAAAUCGUGGGACACCUGGGGCAAGCGUCGUGAUGAGCUCAUAACUAGUGACGGUUGGAAGAAUUUGCAGCGGAUGGGAAUUGAAGCAGGUAUAGUUGCUAUCCCAUAUGAAAAUUCCUUUCAGGAGUUCUCGAGGAUCUACUGGUGCACAAAAUACAUCCUAUGGUGUGGAAGUAGUGCGUGGGUCAACUGUCCUAGUCUCAUUGUUGACGGGGUGGCAAGCUUGUUUCGCGAACAUCUGAGUGAUAACACACUUGGGGGUGAGAGACAGGUCUUACAGGAUGCGUAUACUAGGUUGUUAUCAAGAGACGGCGAAAGAGCAUGGACGUCUGGUCAAUGGAUGACAGAACGACAAGGCGGAAGUGAUGUGAAGAUGACCGAGACCGUUGCAACAUAUGCACCAAACUGUCAAUCAAAUGAAGAAGAUGCGCAUGGAAACGCGCUUGGUCCAUGGCGCUUAGAUGGAUUCAAAUGGUUCAGUAGCGCCACGGACGCUAACAUGGCAAUUCUCCUUGCUCGGACUCAGAAAGGAAUCAGUCUAUUUUACGCACCGAUGAGACGAGCAUUGAAGGAAAAGGAUGCCAUGGGUUUUGACACUGCGUCGAACGGGGUUUAUAUUCAAAGACUGAAAAACAAACUAGGAACGAAAGCUUUACCAACGGCAGAACUAGAGAUAAAAGGGAUGCGGGGUUGGUUGGUAGGCGAAGAAGGUAGAGGAACGAAGGAGAUUGCUACGGUUCUUAAUGUUGCAAGAGUUCACAAUUCAGCUACGGCAGUUGGACUCUGGGGGAGAGGCCUUGGGAUUGUCAGAGCUUUUGCCCGUGUUCGAGUGGUGGGCCGAAGACCACUGUAUGAGAGAGCAGGCUUUAUGCGGAACCUUGCCCGGAUGCACGCUGAGUAUCGUGCAAAUGUUCUGUUUACUUUCUUCGUUUCUGGACUUCUUGGUUGUGCUGAGCAAGAAAAAAUCGCGAAAAUGGAUGGUGAGCAAGGGAAAGGAGCGAAUAAGAUGGGAAAAUUACCGAACGUGACAGACACCCCGAUGGCAGUUUGGCUUUUACGGAUUUUCACACCGCUACUAAAAGGGCACUGUGCAAAGACUGGAAUCACAGGUCUCCAAGAAUGCAUGGAGUGUCUAGGUGGAAUAGGCUACCUUGAAAACGACGAUAUGCAGUUCAACAUAGCCCGACUCUAUCGUGAUGCAAAUAUUGUACCCAUCUGGGAAGGUACUACUGAUAUGAUGGCUGACGACGCCAUUUUACGCGUCUUAUACGGCAAGAAUCGAACAGAUGUAAUGAGAGCCCUGUCCAAAUGGGUUACCGAAGUGCUAGAACAAAACGCCGGGCAUGGUCCUGACAUCCAAACCGUGGCACGUUGGUGGACCGACUUUAAGCAGACAUUAGUCGAUCUCCCAAAGUUAGACGUUGAGAUACACGCUCGCGACAUCAUGUCAAGGCUUGUUGACAUUGUGCAAGGCUUGCUUCUAAUCAUCGACGCAGCAACAGAUGGAAAUGAUGUGGCACAGUUGGUAGGGGAGUGUUGGUUUUCAGGCAAGUGUGAAGGUAUGAGUCUAAAGCCAAGGAGGAGUUCCGCCAAUUUACAGACCUCGGACAUGAGGAUUGUCUUCGGGGAGGCCAGGCUUAAUUCACCCCGCGCAAAAAUAUAG